AUGACAGAAUCUUCUUCAACAACCGCACUAGCUGCAGGCAGUGACGGAAAUCCCACCAAAAUCGGCUUCAUUGGAUGCGGUACCAUUGCGUUCGCCAUUGCUACCGGAAUUGCAACCCAGUCCAAGAUUAAGAUUGAAUCCAUUGCUGUUUCCAAACGAUCGGAGCAAAAGUCGAAACUGCUGGCUGAAACCUUUCCUGACUUGGUGACAGUCCAGGAGGAAAACCAAAAGAUCCUGGAUGAAAACGAUCUUAUCUUUCUUUGCGUCCUACCACAGCUCACUUCCGAGAUCCUCAAGAAUCUGAAGUUUGAUACAAAGAGACAUACGCUCGUGUCACUGGCGUCUACUACUAAAUUGGACGACCUUGUUCGAGAUUCCAAGUUGGACGCCACGAGGGUUUCCAAAAUGAUUUGUCUUCCAUCGAUUGCCAGACACCAAGGAAUCAGUUUGCACUGCUGUCCAACCAAGAAUCCGUUUUUGACGUCACUCUUUGAAGCCACUGGAGGUGUCACGACCCUCGAGUCCGAGUCCGGAUUGGAGGCGGCCAUGAUGACUACUUGUGUCAUGGGACCCAUUUAUGGCAUGAUGAAACAUGGGCGAGACUGGCUGACGCAACACACCAAUCUUUCGGCCGCAGAGGCAUCCGAAUUGGUGGUCAAGCAAUACGUGGGCGCCGUCCUCGAGGCCGAACGGGAUUGCGACCAGCCCAAUCGGCUAGAAGAUUUGGUUGCCGAGCAAACGCCUGGUGGAAUCAACGAGCAAGCAUUACGAAAUAUGGAGCAACUUGGAGGUAUGGAAACUCAAACGAAGGUCAUGGACGCUAUUCUUUCGAGAAUUCGGGGAGAAUCUGAUGGCUCUGUAGUGCCAUAA